AUGAAGGAGCAAGAACGUGAGUGGGUGGAAUCAAAGCGGAUAGUGUCAGUCUCGGAAGCAAGUUCUACUGAUGAUGACCAAGGAUCCAGUACUGACAGUGACCAAAGUUCUUCAUCAGGUCAGGACUUACCCAAAACACCCUCGAAAGCUCAACCCACUGGUCAAAAGAUCACUAUUGAUAAUAUUGAUUACUCCCAAGAGGUUCAUCAUAUGACCCAAGCUCACCAGACAAUAGAUAAACACUACUUGACUGUUUGUGCCACUGAAAACCGAGUUAGUGGUAAUCAUUUAUGCACUAAUCAGCCAGAUGGUACUAAGCUCGAAAGUCUCGAGAAUGGAAAAUGUAUUCCAAGUUCUAAGGAACAAAUUCUGCAAAGAGAAGAUUAUAUAAAACUUACAGAAAGAGCCCUUGUGAAGAAUCUUCCUGGUCUGGAAUCAUUCAAAGAUGUGGUUGUAACCCAUAUUCCUCAUAUGUACAGUAAAGAAGCCAAACAACCUACACAAUCAGUAAGCAAUUAUAAUACUUACAGUACUAGCAGUUUAUUAGCCUGA